AUGCCUACGAGACUAGCCAAAGGUAUCGUACAGUCCUGGGGUUGUAAUGGUAUGUUGUGGUAUGAUAUGUGGUGUUAUGACAUUUCAUACAUCGUAUGUAGGGUUUCCGAAUGGGGGAUUUGGGGGGGAAUCGGUCGUAAUCGUAUGAUGCAAGAGUCGGAAACGACUGAAGAGAAAAAAAACACAAAAGGGAAGACAACGUGCCAACACGAUGAGGUCGUCCGAGUAAAAGCCGAUGGUGGUCUUGAAGUGAAAAUCGAUAGGAGGUGA